GUGCUGGGAGGGUAGUGAGGCAAGCGUGAGGGGCGCAGGUGUGGUGUACGGAAGGGAAUUCCAGGUGAUGUGCAAUGCCUACCGAAUCGCACAUCAGCUGUUUGUGUUGCAUCACUUACGCCUCGGCACUAUCUCCAGUGUUAUGGAAAUCUACCGUGUACUUCAUUACGAGCACGAUUGUUAAUGAAUCAUGGGUUACUAUAAGUACUGCUAUAGGAUGUUCACCGUGAAAUAAGAGAAAGUAAUGAUAAUAUGGAUAUGAUGUCGGUGGUCUGCACACCUGGACUUGCCUAUUGUGGUCACGGAUAAUUACAAACCCCUUCUGUGUCAAGACAUGGCUGCCCACAUUGCUCCUGCCUUCCGCACGCCCAUGACUGACUUGGUGGGCAGCGUCAUGACCCACCAGACCGGUUCACGUUGUGCAGAUUUUGAGAUGCGCGCAAUGGAGUGUCUGGAGGCGUAUGGCGUCCAGCGGGGAAGAGUGCGAUGUGUUGACUACCUGGACGAUCUGAGGGAAUGUACCUUCAAGAUCAAACAGGUGGGCAUAAUUGCCUCUCCUAAUUCUACUUCUGAUCGUAUCAAAUGAGGUCAGCUUGCCCGAGUGAGUGAAAUGCGGGUGGAGCGUCACCGCCAGUGGCUCAUGGGAGAAAGAUCAAGUGAAGACCACUAUGCACCACCAGCAAGGAGUGACGCAUAUUAGCAGUAUUUUUCAUAGGAAAAGGCAUUGGAUAUCAUAGAAAUUAAUGUUAAAACUUUCCUAAGUCAUCCAUCUUAGUCUAGAAUGUGACUUUUGUUAUUGCCAACUUUCAUAACUGGAAAUAAUUUUGAUGCUAAAAAUCUUUUGGAGUUUUUUUUUAUUUAAUGAAUCCUAUUUUCUCUAUAAUGUUCCCAGUUUUGGAAAGAUGCAAUUUAUGUAAAUACUGCAGUUAAUAAAAAAAUAUAAAAAAAAAUUGUACCUGUUUGAAGUCCUGAAUGUGCUCAAUAGAGGGGUGUGUUUGCUGUAUGCCCACUGUAGUUAGCUGCUGGGCAUGUCACAGCAAAUACUUAUUUAUAAUUUAUUUUCUAAUGUAGUUGAAAUGUACUUUUUUAGAAAUAUAAAAGGUGAGGUUUCUAUCAAUGUAAUAGUUAUAUUUUUCUUUAAAUAUAUGCCAAUCUGAUGCGC